AUUCAGGACCCCUGUUGCUUUGUUUUGUUGUGAAAUGGACUAACCUUACUGAGUGAUGGAGUCAUGAGUGGUCAAAAUCCAUUACACUCUCUUUUUGGCCUAGAUAUAAGCAAACAUUGUUUUCAACACCCCCCAAGUAAAAAUAGUUGUACAUGAAGUAGUAGUUGAUGAGCCAAAAAGGCAAAAACAUGUUCACUCAAUCCCUAUUCCAAAUUUGUACUACCUCGGUUCUUCUUUAAGAGCUUGGCAAAAACAAAAAUAUGAAGCUUCAGGAAAAGUGAAGAACUGACCCUAGUUUUUCUCAUGAAGAGUAGUAAUAAUAGCUCUAGUUCCUCCAUGAAACUGGGCUCAUUUCUAAGCCCAGAUAUGCAAAAUCAUAGUGAAAGAAGCAUUGGGAGCCAAAAGGGAUGGAAUUCAGAGAGAGUAGUGUUGAAUCAAACAAGCAGAAUCAGAAGGCAUUCUGGUUUGACAUCAUUCAACAGUGGAAGAAGAACAAUGCCUUCUAAAUGGGAUGAUGCUGAGAGAUGGAUUUGUAGCCCAGUUUCAGGAUAUGGCAGCAGCAGCAGCAACAACAACAACAACAACAGAAAUUCAUAUUCACAAUCACAACUUCAAAGGCGUCCAAAAUCAAAGAGUGGUCCAAUUAUGCCUCCAGGAACAUCAUCAUCAUCCUACUACUCGAACUAUUCACCUACAAUUCCACUGCGCCAAGGCUUGCUUGUGAGGAACUUGAUGGUUGGUUCACCUUUCACAACAGGAGUCUUGGCACCAGAUGCUCUCUCUCUUCAUCAUUUUGAUGCACAUGACAAUGAUUUUGGUCCCCGUUUCGACAUCGGCAAUGUUAUGCAACAAUAUUCUACUGGUUCUGGGCUCAAUGACAAUAAUGCUGUUCUGGCUCCGAUGUGGAAUCAAUUGUUAUGUGACCCAUCUUCGCCUAAUUCUCAAGAUGAGAACCCUAAGAAUGAGGAGACCCCCACAAUGUCACCUUUCUCAAGACGUGAUCAGGGUACCCAGAUGAGCCCUCCGGAGAGCGAGGACGAUGCGAAUUCAUCGCCGAUAUCAGCCAUGGAUCAGACACAUGGACAUUCUGGUAAGUUAGAGGUUAGAGAUGUUGAGGUUGAUAGUGAGGCCACUGUUAUUAGGUGGCCUAAAGGUCAUGCAACAAAGCUCAACUCCUUUCAAGAAAGUAAUACUGAAAUCCAAACUUCAUGUUUGGAUAUUCCAGAGUCCACCAUGGACAUAACCAAGAUUCAGAAAGAGGAAGCCAAAAUCGUUGCAUGGGAAAGCCAGCAGAAGGCAAAGGCUGAAGCAGCAAUACGCAAACUCGAGAUGAAACUGGAAAAGAAGAGAUCAUCAUCAAUGGAUAAGAUUCUAAACAAGCUGAGAAGGGCGCAGAUGAAAGCUGAAAAGAUGAGAAGCUCAAAGGCAAUGCCUCAAAAACAAGAGCAAGGACAACAGGGGAAGCAGAAUUCCAAGCCUCUCAAGGUUUUUUCAUUACCAAAAUAUGUUCAGUUAUGGUCUCCAAGCAGAUGCUUUAGCACUUAUGAUGAUUGAUUCACCCCAUAUAUGCAUAUCAAAAAUACUAGAGACACCAAAAAUCAAUCACCAAAUCAGUGAUUAUGUAUAGAUGCAUUAUUUAACUUAUUUUCAAAGUUUAUUUUAUAUUGCAAUCAGUGGCGAAACCAGAAUUUUAAUAUUAGAGGGGGAAAUUUUUAUAACUAUUCUCAAUUUUCUAAAAAAAUUAUAUUUUUAACUUUAGAUUUUUUUGUGAUUUAAUUAUUAUAUUAGUUUUUAUAGUUUCAUUAAAUUUUUAAUUAGAUCUUUAUAAUGUAAAAAUGCAUAAUUGAAUUUUUAUAUUAGUUAAAAAUUAUAAAUUAGGUUCCCUCAAACUAUUUUUGUUAAAAAAUACAAAAUAUUUUAAAAAUUUUAUUUUUACGGCUGAUAUAAAAUACAUUAUGAAAUAUUCUAAAAAUAAAUAUUCUAAUAUUUUGUGUUUUAUGCUAAAGAUAACAAUUAGUAAAGAUAUAAUUAUAAAUUUUUAAAUUAUAAAAUUUAAUUAAAAGCUUAAUAAAAUUACAAGAACUAAUAAAUUAUUAAAUCUUAUUAUAAUUAACUUAUUAGUAUCUAUAAAAUUAUUAUUUGAAAAAAUAAAAAUAGAUAAAUGUAUGUUAAAAUUAUGUUUAAUAAAUAUAUAAAAAAAAACCAAAAAUAAAUAACAAUUUAAUAUAUAUAUGUUGAGAUUUUGGUGGGAAAACCAUGGCCUACACUGCCCCCUAGCUCCGCCGUUUACUGCAACACGUAUUUUUUAUGGGUGAUUGAUUUUUUGUACACACGAAAUAUAAUUAUAUUCCUUCACACUCUCUUGUCAUUAAGAUUUUGUCUCGUAAUAUAUACACAAUUGAGAUUAGAGAAUACAA